AUGUCGAGCGCGUCGACGAUGCGCGUGUCCACCGCGCGGGGGGGGGCGCUCGGCGCCAAGCGCGCGGUGUCGAGCGCGCGGGCGCUCCGCGCGCGGGUGGAUAUGUCCGCCGCGGUGUCGUUCACGCGCGAGCGCGCGGCGGUCGUCGCGAGCGCGACGAAGCGCGCGACGUCGUACGCGCACACCAAUCGUAAGGGUUUGGCUGCAUUCGUCGAGCGCGCGUCGGCGAAGCAGAUGAAGGGGGAUUUGAUCCCGUUUCGAGUCGGGAUGACGCUGAAAGUGGGCGUCACCGUCGCGGAAGGGAACAAGACGCGGGUGCAGCCGUACGAGGGGGUGGUGAUCGCGAUUCACCGCGCCGGGGUGGCGACGACGGUGACGGUGCGAAAGACGAUGCAAGGGUUCGGCGUCGAGCGCGUGUUCCCGGUGCACUCGCCGUUGUGCACGUUCGAGGAGAUUCGCGGUGCCGGUAAGCCGGUGGUUCGUCGCGCCAAGCUCUUCUACCUGCGCAAGCUCGUCGGGAAGCAAGCGAGACUCAAGACUCGCUUCGUCGCCAAGAAGGACCAGGCGAAGAAGUGA